AUGGCUCUGCAGACCCCGGUGUUGUCCCCGGCCACACCCACGGUCAUGGCGGAGAGCGCCCUCUAUCGGCAGCGGCUGGAGGUCAUCGCUGAGAAGCGGCGGCUGCAGGAGGAGAUCGGCGCUGUGCGUCGCGAGCUGGAAGAGGAGAAACUCCGCGUGGAGCGGCUCAAGAGGAAAUCUCUCCGAGAACGUUGGCUCAUGGAUGGGGUGGCUGAAGGGACAGAGCGGCCGGAGGAACCUGCCUCCAAGGACCCACAGUCGCCCGAGGGACAGGCCCAGGCUCGAAUUCGCAACCUGGAAGACAGCUUGUUUUCCCUCCAGUCACAACUACAGCUGUUACAAAGUGCGUCCACAGGUGCCCAACACAGACCUGCCGGCAGGCCCGCCUGGCGCAGAGAGGGUCCCCGUCCUCUCUCUCAGCCUGCCAUGGAGGCAGGUCCUACAGGCCCCACGGAUGUGGACAAGAGAACUUCCCUGCCAGAUGCUCCAGUGGGCAUGUCUCCUGAGUCUCCUUCUGAUCCCAGGAAGGAGUCCAUUGGGGUUCCACCAGCCUUGAGGCCAUCCCCUGAGGCUAUAGGGACGUCUUCAGAAGCCAAUGGCCCUUGCCCUGGGCACAGCCCCCUCCCAGAGCAGCUGAGUCUAGAGGUGUCGAGUGUCACUAAGGCCAAAGGAGAUGGUGCGGUGGAGGUGGUUUGGGCUGGGCUUAGAGCCACUGAGAACAGUGCCACAGGCCCCACAGGUGUGGAGCUGGAGGCUAAGGUGGAAGAAGUGGUUCUGGAGGCCAUUGGGGCCAGACAGGGCACCAGCAGCCCUGAGCUCCCCACUUGGGUGAAGGAGGGCAGGGGUGUGGUGGAAGUGGUCUGGGAAGGGCUGGGAGGCAGGGAUCUUGAUGUCACAGGGGAGUCAGGCAGGGGUGCAGAGGCCUUGCACACCAGUUCCCAGAGACUCCAGGAGCAACUUGAGGCUGAAACUUGCAGAAAAGAGGAAGGUGCUUCCAGAAAUAGCCCUGAGGGUAUUGGGGAGGGAGGCCCUGGAGUAGAGGAGGGAUCCUUCAUUUGGGUGGAGAGAGUAGCUCUCAGCGAAGACUGGGAGGAGAUCUUAAUGGAGGGUUUGGAAGCACCCCCGGGGGCAGGGUCUGCAGGAGAACCUGAGGCUUUGAUGGGAGAACAGCCCAGAGGAGGUGAAGCAUCCUGGGAGGUGGAGAAGAGAGAUGUGGAGAAAGUGGAGAGCAGAGAAGAGAAGGGAAAGAUGGAAAAGCUCGGGGCAGAGAGGGAGGAUGGAGCAGCUGGACUCCCUGAUGCGACUCAGGGAAAAGAGGAAAUCGAGGCAGAAAGGGUAGAGGAAGGAGACAGCGAGGGCCCCUUUCCAGCAGAGAGAGCAACAGAUGAGGAAAAGUGGGAGGCGAAAGCCAAGAAAGAUGAAGAGCCAUUGGAAGUGGAAAAGGGAGGUGAGGGGGAGCCUGCCACCACUGAGAUGCCAUUGGUGGCAGAAAAUAAGCCAGAGGACUCGUUGGCAGCAGAGAGAAAAGAAAGUGAGACGCCAUUGGACCAGGAGAAAGAUGGUGAGGGCUCAUUGAACAGAGAAUCAAAAACAACUGAGAUACUAUUGGAUGGGGAGACAGGAAGCGAGGGCUCAUUGGAUGAAGAACCUAAAGGAAGUAAGAAACUAUUGGACAGGGAGGCAGGUGGCAGCGAGCCCUUCUCUGAGGUUGGCGAGACCUCAGGCACCAAGGACGAUGUGAGUCCAGAAGAGCAAGGCAACUCCAGUGAAGGAGCGGAGUGUCAGGCGAAGGAUGCCAGCCAGCCAGGAGCCACUCUUUGUGUCCAGGAGGAGCCCAGAUCAGAGGAGCAAGGACUUCAAGACGCGGAGAAGCAAGAAGGCUCGGUAGAAGCAGCCAGUGCGCCUCAGCCCUGUACUGAGAGCAAGGGUCCCUCAGGGGAUGCCACCCCGCUCCUAACUGAGACCCCAGCCCCGGAGCAGCCUGUGGAAAGCCAGCCACUGCUCCAUCAAGAAGUGUCCAGCACCAACCCUGGUGACCAUCCCGCGCCUACAUAUGCACCUGCCCAGCAGCUUGAGCUGGCUGAGGCCAAAGAAGCUAGUGGCCCCAAGCAAAAGACGUGCCAGUGUUGUGUGGUCAUGUGAGCCUACGCCUGCCGCCCAGCACCCCACCUCCUCUCACAGCUACCUCGCUGCCUGGCGUCCAGCAGAAGGUCCCAGGCAUAGACAGGGUACCAUAGGACUGGUAGUGGCACCCAGGAGCCAGCAGGCCCUGUGCUUACUUACACCUGGGCUUUUAGAUUCCCUGCCCACUGCCUGUGGCCCUGACUCCCUUCUGCAAUGAAGCCUUUAUAC